AUGUCUCACCAGACGGUGAAUAUAGCCAACGGCUACAGCACUGCGGCGGUGCAGCGCUGCGUCAGACGCCAGUUGUGGCUGACAUGGCGUCCUCGGCUGUCACGGCCACUGCGCGGGUCGCAGGGCACUGCUGGCCGCGUCGCGGCGCUGGUGGCGUCGGUGAAUCGGGACAGCGCGGGCGGCGCCGAACCGCAGACUCCUACGUCAGGCGACCCUCGCUGUACGACAGAUGGGAGUCGAACGUAUCUCGUCUGCUCAACAGAUCUCGACCGAUGCCCUGGAGCUUCUAUGGUUUUUCCUAUAUCGCCAUGCUGUGUUAGACAGCCGUGUCACGUUUGGAACACUGACAACGCCCUACUGGCGCAUCCUGGCUGUCUCAGUCCCCGAACCCCGCCCCCGCCUCUUUCACCGCCGCCGCCGCCUGGCACGUGCGCCUGCCCGGAGGUGUCGGACAACAAAUCGGCAGGGCAGCAGAGCCAGGCCGGGCCGCCGGCCGAUUGUGACGCGGCGCGGCGCGGCGCGUGCGUCCUCCACCCCCGCAGCCGGAUAGUCUCCGCGAACGCGACCCGCGUGCCUGGGCCCGGCCGCGAUAUUAGGACAUGUCGGGCCCGUACAUCACGACGCCGGCCAAUAUCGGGCCUUCUUGCGGCUAUAAUCCGGCCGCCGCCGCCGCCGCCUCCGUAUCGGAUUUCGGCGGCCCCCGCCUUGCCUCCCGAGGGACAUUGGGCGCCGCUGAUGUGUCUACUGCCCACACCCCUCUCCGCCACGCCGCGCCGCGCCGCGCAGGUCUCUACGUACGGCGUUCCGGUCCGCUGUCUCGGGGAAAUCUAG